AUGAUCACUCAGGAGAUUCCAGUUAUACCUAUGCACACGCUACUAAGCGAUGACGAUGACUUCUGUCUCAGCUGCGAGGGUCUGGGAAUCAUCUCUGACAACACCUACAAACGCGACCGGCACAUAUCUGCAGCUCUGGACUCACGAGAAUGGCUCGUUGUACGACACGGGAUCCAAACCUCGCCGUUUGGGUUUCUUGUCCGUCCAACAAGGGCGGAGAAGGACAUUGCUGGUGUUGUUGUUUCCCAAACGCAAGCUGCCUGGCGGGACCAUACCUUACUGCGCGCCAUGCGCCUUCAGCUUUAUCGUAGACGGCCCUAUCCAUACAUAUCGUUCAUUUAUGCGGCCAUAGCGGCCUUGGUGACUCGCCGAAAAAGAAAUGCGAUGAUUGUGGUGGUCUCCUCCACUGCGCAUCAUCUCAUCGCGCGCCGGCCUGGUUCCAAGGACGAUCUUGGACCAUUCAUUAAUGUCGUCACUUGGGUGCUCCUGAUCACUUCAGCCUUAGCAGUUCUGACUAGACUUAUCACAAAGCGCGCACUGAGGCGAAGUAUUGAUGUUGACGAUGCAUUUGUCAUUGCAGCUCUCGUUGCGAGCAUAGGCUCAGGUAUUUCCGUCAGUAUCCAAAUUGCAAAUGGACUGGGUCGGGAUAUAGCGUCAUUGAUGGACGUUCAGCUCGUUGCCUACCAGAAGAGCGAAUAUGCCAACAAACUACUUUACAUUGCAACACUAGCCUUUGCAAAGCUAUCGAUAAUCUCGUUGCUCAUGAUUCUGACUGCCUCACCAAUGCAUCGACAGAUGGGCGUUGGGCUAACAGGCUUCAUUGCAAUUUGGGGGAUCGUGUCUGAGCUCGUGGCUGCAUUCCAGUGUGGUCCCAUUGAACCAUGGCGCUUUCUGGGUCCGGAGAAUAGAUGUAUCGAUAUGAUAACAUUCUGGAGGGGCAUGGCAGUGAUCAACAUCCUCACCGAUCUCGCCCUGGUAUUGUUUCCGGUACAUGUCAUUGCCACUCUCCAGAUGAGCAUGGGCAAGAAAGUUACUAUCCUAGCUUUUUUCGGCGCGCGAUCAUUGGAUAUAGUCGCGACUGCUGUUCAAAUGGCAUACCUCCCAGGCUUUUCCUCCGACAACCCUACUGAAUAUUUGUGGAAGUGGACGCUCCUGACACAAAUCAUCGCAUGCAUUACCAUUCUUACAUCAUGUGUACCUUAUUUACGACCUCUUCUUGAAUCACUCUCCUCGGGUCUUUAUGGAUCCGAUGAGCUACGACGCCGUGGUACUCCAUCAGAGUUGGGAUACUCGCGCAGCAAAAGCGGGUCAUAUCAGCUCAGCAACGACUUCAAAGGUGGGGAAUCAAAACACAGUAGAAAAAGCCAAAAUGAUGCUGGCAUCAAACGCUUCCUUCCUAUGCUCUCACAGGAGAGGACGAACCAUGCAAAUUCGGCGUCGGGUUUACCAGGAGGGCCAAGGAGACCAGAUGGACAGAUGGAUGUUGAGAUCACGGCAGUGCAUCAUAAGCUUGGGGAGGAUAAGCGGUGGGAGACUGAGAGCACAGGGAGUAAUUCAAAGAUCUUGAAGACUACGGUUGUCAAUACUGAGUGGGAAGAGGCGGAGAGUAGGAGCGGAGAUUCUCCGAUUGAUAAUAUCGAGGUCAUGAAGUAA